UGAAGCAUUCGUUGGGGACUUUUCCUUUUAUUUGUCCUAAUUUAAGAUCUGGGUCUCUUUCAUAAUGAGGUUUCCUAACAGUAAACUGCACAUGGAGGUGGAUGGAGAACACAAGGAGGUUUCAGCACACUUUAAAAAUCCUUUCGUGCACGAGUUGAGAUUCACUCCUUUGCAGAAACUCAAGAUAGCCGUAAUGACUGUGACACUCUUCCCUGUGCGUUUGCUGUUUGCUGCAUUCAUGAUGUUGUUAGCCUGGCCCUUUGCGUUUGUGGCUACUGUUGGUCUCUCUGAGGAUGCGGUAGAGCCUCUCUCCUGGUGGAGAUGGCUGGUGGAUUUGGCCCUAAAGGCCAUCAUGAGAGCAAUGUGGUUUUCCGGAGGCUUCCAUUGGAUCCGCGUGAAGGGACGGCCAGCUCUGCCUAGUGAAGCACCCAUUCUCACAAUGGCCCCCCACUCAUCCUACUUUGAUGCCAUACCUGUCACCAUGACGAUGGCCUCUAUAGUGAUGAAGGCAGAGAGUAAAGACAUUCCAGUUUGGGGAACUCUUAUUAAGUUCAUUCGGCCUGUGUUUGUGUCCCGUUCGGAUCAGGACUCUCGGAGGAAGACCGUUGAGGAGAUCAGGCGCAGAGCGUGUUCUACUGGCGAGUGGCCUCAGAUCAUGAUAUUUCCAGAGGGCACAUGCACCAAUAGAUCCUGUCUCAUUGCCUUCAAGCCUGGUGCAUUCAUCCCUGGAGUUCCCGUACAGCCUGUGCUGUUGCGUUAUCCCAACGAGAUGGAUACAAUCUCAUGGACGUGGCAAGGACCUGGAGCGUUUAAGAUUCUGUGGCUCACCUUAUGCCAGCUGCAUAAUUGUGUAGAAAUCGAGUAUCUUCCAACGUACACCCCAUCAGAGGAGGAGAAGAGGGACCCAGCAUUGUUCGCCAACAAUGUGAGGUGCAUCAUGGCCAAGGCGCUGGGGUUGCCCGUAAUAGAUUAUUCCUUUGAGGACUGUCAGCUUGCUAUGGCCAAAGGCCCUCUACGUUUGCCAAGACACACCUGCUUGCUAGAGUUUGCCAAGCUGGUACGGCGUUUGGGACUGAAGAUGGGGGUCACAGAUGAAGUCUUGCAUCAGGAAGCCUCCCAGGCUAGUAAGAUGUGUGGAACCAGACUGGAUGUGGAGGGCUUUGCUCUGUACAUAAACCAACCCCUGACAGAAGCAGUACAGGAUAUCUUCUCACUGUUUGAGGAGCAUGGUGAGAUGGAUGUAAGGGAGUAUGUCAUUGCAUUGUCUGUGGUCUGCAGACCUUUCAGAUAUCUGGAGACCAUUAAACUAGCCUUCAGGAUGUUUGAAGCACAAGAGGACGGAGCUGUUGUAGAAGAUGAUUUCGCCGUCAUUCUGAAAACGGCUCUUGGAGUUGGAGAUGUCACUGUUUGUGACCUAUUCAGGGCCAUAGAUGGUCAAGACAAGGGAAAGAUCACAUUUGAUUAUUUUUGCCAGUUAAUGGAGAAAUGUCCAAAUUUUGUGGAGCAGUAUCACUGUCUCCAUGAGCAAGCCCCACACCACUCCACAGAACCUGCGAUACCCUCAGAGUCCCAGCCUUCAACUAACGGCUUCUGUGCUGACUUCAGCCCUCACGAUCCAAACACUCACAAUGCUUCGCACAGCAAGAAACUGGACUAGAUGCUGAUUUUUUUUUUUUUUUUUGUUUGUUUUUUUUUUGUGUGAGUUUACUUCUGUGUUUAAGAGAGGU